AUGGCAAGUGAAGAAGACAGAUCAAAGAUUGAACGUGAUCGAUUAUUGGCUCAAUUGAAAGGUAAAUUGUGGUACUGUAUUGAACGACAGGUGAAUGAAGAGACUCCCUUUGAUACAGUUUGUAGUGCCAAGUUUAUUAAUGCUCUUGUUGAGCUAUGUUACAUUCAACUGGUCGAAAUGGGUAAAGAUUUAGAGAUGUUUUCUCGUCAUGCUAAUAGAGAUGUGAUUAAUAAUGAUGAUUUAAAGUUGCUGUUGAGGAAGGUACCUCAACUGCAACAGCUUAUUUUUAAUGAUGAUAGUAGUACUGAUUAA